UUCUUCAUCGAUCUCGUCACUUUGCGCAUUCUCUCUGCCAAAUUCUCAAGCUGAGGAACGCCCGAAUCAUCACCAGUGGGAACAGCCGACGUUCAAAGUCAGUAUCGACUUUCCCUACGUGACACAUCGUUCACAGGGUCCAUCGUAAACCUAGCUCAUAACAUCAUUUAAUAUCUGCGAGUAACGCGCUGCGAACCCAUUUUUGAUGCUGAAGCGAUAAUCGCAGUCAUGCGACAUUGCACCUUAUUUCUGAUCUCUUGAUUUGCGCCUGAAAUAACUAACCAUCAAGAUGUGCGUUGGUUUUUACACGCUCGAGCACCCGGAAUAUGCCCUUGUGCUUUGCAGUAACCGUGACGAAUACCUCGAACGACCCACCGAAUUCGCUCGCUUUCAUUCAUUCGAUAAGCCAAAGGAGCAUAGCCUUCCAGAGGGAAAUAUUCUCUCUGGCAUUGACGUUCGUGCCGGUGGAACCUGGUUGGGUGUCAAUCGGUCCGGAAGACUUGCCUUUUUAACGAACAUCACAGAAGAGUACAAGACGUAUGGUUCUUCCAGGGGCGACCUCGUUGCCAAUUUUCUUUCGUCCGAUUCAGAAGAGGACGUACACAAUCUUAUCCCUCCCGAUGCUAAAUAUGCAGGCUUUAAUUUAUUACUCUUGACACCAUCUACCCGUGGUGAACACGCCUUGACGUUCGAUGGAACGUAUGUCACCAACCAUGGCGGAGGAGGAACGCUCGUUGUCCGUUCGCUGACUGAUGCCGAGAGAAGAUGUGGAGGGUUGUCAAACGGAAUUGAUGGUAAAGGUGCUGAAUUGUGGCCAAAAGUCCAACACGGGCUUCAUUUGUUCAAAUCAAUCAUCAAGGCGGUCUCGCCGACCACCCCGGAGAAGGAACUAGCCGACAAUCUGUUUGAGCUAUUGACUUGGAAGCCUUCGCAGCUGCCAAGCGCACGCUCAGAGUUGAGGAAUACAGUCCAGGUGGAACCAUUUAUAAUGCAAGGGUCGCAAGAAUUCUAUGGAACGCGUCUUUCGACGGUGAUACUUGUGAAAAGAACCGGGGAAGUAUUGUUUAUCGAAAGAGAUAGAUGGAAGGUCGUUGAUGCCAAGCCUGUACUGUCAGAUCAUUCCUCGCAGCGUGAAUUCCGUUUUGUAUUGGAGCCGGUUCAUUAAUGAUGUCUAUGUAGUUCGCCGCACGUUGUAUGAUGAUAGUACAGGGCAUGUAAUAUACAAGUGCUGUAGUUUUUUUACUACUCUAAGGCACAAGAGAC